UUUCAAGCCAAAAGAACCGACAAUCGCCUUUCUUGCUUCUCCUUCUCAUUCAUGUCAACACCAAGAAGCCCACUCCACUCUCUCGCUGCUGCUCUGUCAUCCAUAUCCAGUAUUUCGUGUCCACUCGCACCUCCCUUGGGGAUAGCACACACGAGCAUCACCAAUAAGUCUGAUACCAGCGGUGGUCUAUUGACUCGUCAUUGUUUGUUGUUGCCACUCCAUUGCUGCAAUUCAAAGUCAACGACAAGCACAAGCAGCGUGCUACUGACACAAGUUUUCAUCGACAAACAGCCACACACACACACACAUCAACAACAACAAACACAACGAUCAUGGCGGAGGAAGAACUUGUGCGCGUGCCCAACUUGGACGUUGCGCAGACCCUCUUUGAACUCUCCUUGCCCGAAAGCGAUCAAAUGGCGCUGGAAGCUGCCUUCCUCGACGCUGUCAAGAAGGACGGCAUGGCGCCCGUUUACGACCAAGCGUGCAAAGACCACGACCUCUCACACGACGCCGCACUCAGCAAACAAAUGCACGCUGACAGCGCCGAGAAGCUCAAGCAGCUGGACGCCAACAUCAAAGAUGCGGAAGAGAACUUGGGUGAAACAGAGAUUCGCGACGCAUACAUGGCAAAGGCACAACACUACGCGCGCAUUGGCGCAAAGGAGGAGGCUGAGGCGGCCUUCCGUCAGGUGUACGAGAAGAGCAUCUCUGUUGGCCAGCGCAUGGAUGUCGUCUUCUAUCUCCUCCGCAUCGGCUUCUUUUUUGACGACAAAGAGCUGAUCACGCGCAACCUGGAGAAGGCCGAGAGUCUGCUGGAGGAGGGCGGCGACUGGGAACGCCGCAACCGACUGAAGGUGUACAAGGGCUUGCAUCUGCUGACCAUGCGCGAGUUUUCGCAAGCAACGUCGCUCUUCCUGGACACGGUGUCCACCUUCACGUGCGUCGAGCUGAUGCCGUACAACGACUUUAUCGGACUCACCGUCCUGGGAGCCGUCUUUGCUCUGCCCCGCACAGAACUCAACAAGAAGGUGGUGAAGGGCCCCGAGAUCCAAGAGGCGCUGCACGAUUUGCCGCUGCACAAGCGGCUGCUGUCGUCGCUGUACGGGUGCAAAUACGCCGACUUCUUUGCCGCGCUGGCGGAGGUGGAGGGCGUGUUCAAGACGAGCCGCUACCUCGCCCAGCACACGCGCUUCUAUGUUCGCGAGCUGCGCAUCAAGGCGUACCAGCAGCUGCUGCAGUCCUACCGCAGCGUGACGCUUGCGAGCAUUGCGUCGUCGUUUGGGGUGACAGAGGCGUUUAUUGACGCCGAGUUGUCGCGCUUCAUUGCGGCGGGGCGCCUCAACUGCAAGAUUGACAAGGUCGCCGGCGUCGUCGAGACGACCCGCCCAGACCACCGCAACGCCCAGUACCAGGAAAUCAUCAAGAAGGGGGACAUGAUGUUGAACCGGCUGCAGAAGCUUGGCCAGGUCAUCAGCAUCUGAGGCACCGCCAACCAUUCAGCCCGUUCCACCAUCCGUGUGUUCAUGUUGCGUGAGCAUCACUUGUUCGCCCCUCUCCCGUGUGCAUGUGCGCGCGGUGUACUUGCUUGUUGUGUGUUGUCCUUCUCUGUGUGGUCUUGAUUGUUGUUGUCCUUUUUCCGUUGUGCGUGUGUCUCCGUGUGUUGCAUUGUUGCGUUUGUGUGACGUGAAGUGUGACAGCGGCAGAAGUACAUGUGUGCAGUGCUGAACCUUCAUUGUUUACUGCAAAGGACGGCACGCCGCCAAGGAGAAAUUAACACCGCAUCGUAUCCAA